GUGAAGUGUUCUAGAGAAGAUUUCCUACUGGACCAUUUCUGUCGACGCCAUGUACCUGGAGGGACCAAAUACAAGAAGAACACUGACAAUUCUUUCUGUCAUCGGAAAUCAACGAAGAGCAGCAGAAGUCAGCCAAACUCGAAGAGCACCAUUUCAACAUCCAGCCUGAACCCUGUAGAAAAAACUUCACCUCCCCAUCAAGGUUUAAUUUCUUUCUUGGACCUAUCACUGUGAAUGGAAUAAUUGUGGAUUCAUCGGGCUAACAACAACUAGAAUGGGACAACACCUGCGACAACAUGGACGAGAAGAGGAAUGCAAAUGGGCGCAAUGCAAUGGAUUUCAGCGAACGAGCUACGAAGACCUGGAGUUACACAUUAUACACGACCACUUCUUUGAUGACAGAAUCACCUUUCCUUCCCUAAAUGAUUGGCUGGAAUAUCUCCCAGAAAAAAGAAUCGACCCAGAAACCACUGAUUUACGCUUCUGUCCAAAACACCUGAGAAGCAAGCUGAAGUUGUUACUGUUUAAUGAGGACUACCUGGACAUGCCGACAAACAAAUCCUACACAAUGAGCGACCACCUGUGUACACUGGAUUUUGAAAAACUUAUUUCUGAAUUUGAUUUUAGAAGAAGGAAUUGUUGA